AUGGUAGCGUAUGCCGCGCCAGAGGAGCGGGGUCGAUUCAUAGGGGAGUUUUGGCUUAUCUUCAACCUGGGGGGUUUCCUCGGCGGCGUACUGCAAUUCAUAAUCAACUACGAUGGAGAAGAGGCUACUGCCUCCAACGGUUGGACCUAUCUUGUUUUCGUCUGUGUUAUGGUCUCUGGUUCGGCCAUUGGAUGGUUCAUGAUUGCUCCCCCAGAUAGAGUCAUGCGCUCUGACGGCGUACCCGUCACAGUGUACCCUGCCAAGCCGGUGGGGAAGGAAUUACGAGACACAGUAACAGUGGUGAAGGAAGGCGCUAUGGUCCUCUUGAUGCCCUUAUUCUUGGGCACGAAUUUCUACUAUCCAUACGUCUUUAAUUGUGUGAACGCCUCGUCGUUCACCGCUCGCUCCCGCGGCUUUAACUCAGCUUUAUAUUGGGUAUCACAGAUGCUCGGCGCGGUGGUCGUUGGCAGGUUUCUAGAUCGAACCGAUUUAUGCGUGCGGGCCAGAGCUAAGCUAGCUCUCUUGGGACUCAUCAUCGGUGGUAUUUGCGUCUACUCCUAUGGAGCGAUCGUGGAGGAGUUUUCAUUGCGCUUCAUCCGUCGUGGUGCAGUACUGGACGUCAUAUCAAACCCUGGAGGCUCACUGAGUAAUGCCAAUGUCUCUGCGAAGUAUACGGGCUUUUAUAAGGCUGCUCAGUCACUGGGUGCGGCACUUGGAUGGGCCCUCGAUACUCCAGCAGUGGGU